GGCGGCGGCGGCUCGAACGGGUCCCGACGCGCCCGGCAGUCGCGGCCUGCAGCCGAGUCCUGUCCGCCAGCACGCCGCCCAGCGGCCGCGCGGCACCGCACUGCCGCCCGAGGGACUUCACAGAAAGCCCGCGCGACCACGGCGAGACGUCAAUCAAUGCUCUAGCUGUGAUAUUUGUACAAAAUCUGCUCGAAGCUCGCCGGCCAUGCGGGCGCAGAACGCAUCAGAGAACGUACAGGGGAGCGCGCCGCAGCCUCCCGCUCCGCUCCGCGUCGCUAGCAUUCUGUUAUGAGAGACUUUCUCGUAGCUGAUACAUGUACAAAAAUGUUCGAUAUGUCAAUUCAAGAAGUGAACGGGAAAGGACCUAAAAAGAGGAAAAAGUCGUUGGAGCGUAUCUGUGAUAAUGAAGGCGGGGAGCGUUCGGAUCUUAACGCUGAGGCCGGGACGGCGGCGGAGUCGCGCGGCGUGGAGUUGCUGCACUGGCGGGACAUGCCGCAGCAUCUGCAGUUCAACCCUUACGUGCUGACCGGCUACCGCCCGUUGCAGACCUGGGGUGGCUGUCUACGGAGCCUCUUCUACUUCCACAAUGAGACCAUUAACAUACUAACACAUGGUGUAUCUCUAGUGUAUAUUCUGGCGGUUCUGCCGGGGCUGCUGCCAUGGGGCGGCGGCGGGCGCUCCUGGUUUCUGUCGCUGUGCCACCUGUUGGGAGCUCUGGCGCCCUGGUGCGGCUCUUUCUUGUACCACCUCUUCAUGAACCACGACCGCGGCGAGGCGCUGUACCAUCGACUACUGCAGCUCGAUAUGCUGGGGAUCUGGGUCAGCCAGAGCAUAGGGGCGAUCCCAAUGGUGACGGCGACGGUAUACUGUGCGCCUGCGCUGCUGCGGUACACAGCACUCGCCAUCUACUGCCUGGGCAGUCUACUUGGCCUAUAUAAGGCGAUGCGUGCGUGGUCGCCGUGGGAGCGACGGCUGUGCUUUGCCGCGCCGUUCUGCAUGCGUGUGCUGCUGGCCGGCGCGCGCGCAGCCAGGCUCGGCGGCGGCGACCCGCACGCCAUCCUGCACGUCUUCCUGCAGGACGCGGUGUCUCUGGGGGGCGGCGUGAUCGGUGCCAUGCACAUCCCGGAGAAGUGGUUCCCGGGCACCGUGGACCGCUGUCUGAACUCCCACAACAUCAUGCACGUGCUGGUGGUGCUGGCGGUCUACUCCAUGCAUCAGGUGACCACUCGCGACCUGGCGUGGAUGUCGCGCGUGGACUGCCGCGCGCCGCUCCGCCAGCUCUGACGCCUGCGCCUAAGCACGCCCCGCUCGUCUCCCCGCUCGCCGCUCAUCCGCUACCAUGCCACAUUUUUCUUAUGCUAAACACACAAAGUAAAAAAUUAAGAUUUAAAGCAAUCUUGAACAUCAAAUAAUGUUCUUAGGUACAUACAUAAUCACUCCAAAAGAUCAAAAAACCACAUGCGCCGUCGGUUUUCAACAUUUUUCUUAGGGUAGUGUUGAAACUAAUCUAACUAUUCUAAUCUAUGAAAAUAAAUCUAAGAAUAGUAUGAUAUAGGGUAGACUUGUUAUUUUCCUAUAUUUAAGAAAAACAGUGAUAAAUGAACACACAGCAGUUAAACCGCCAAUGUUCUGCCUGACACACUAUAAUGAAUAUAAAAUGCGAAAGUUAUUUUACAACAAUACGGAAUAGGUAUUCAAAAGAAAUUACAUAACAUUAACAUAAAAGACAGAAUGCUUCUAUCUUUAUUUCCAUAUCUAAUUAAAAAAAACAUGAAAGUAUGUUCUUCUGAUUCAACUAUGAAAUAAGCGGCCUUACAGUGGAAAUGAUGUGUAGGGUAACCAAGUUUUUUAUAAGAAUUAAUGUUCGUAGUUUGGGCAAUACUAUCUCUAACUUUUUCUAAAUAUUCUAACAGUUUUUAUAGCACGGUUUUUCCAACGUCAUUUGUUGCAUUUAAUCAAUAAAUAAUAUAAAAUGUAUGAUAUUGCGCUAGAAUACUAUAUUACCUACGGUUAGCCAAUUAUCGCGUAGCCAAUUAUCUGCAGUUUUAUGGUAAAUAAUUACGUAUGACAAACAUAUCUACGAAUACGAGACAAGUUGAAUAAAAUAAAAAUCAGCAGUACUAUUUUUUAAUGCACAAAAAUACCCUAGAUAACCUAUUCGAUCGAACGAGUUAUUCUGGUCCUGAGGGGAAUGCGGGUUAGCAUUUUACUUCUCACCAUCUAAUCGAUGAUAAAUGAGACGCAGCGAACCAAACCAACCAACAAUGCAGUGUGGUUGUCGUUGCGUCACAAUGGCGCAAUGUGAUUGAUUUGCUUUGUCUCAUUUCGAAUCGAUUCGAUGAUGAGAAGUGAAAUGUAAACCCGCACUAACCAAUCUGAUCACCAAAAUCUGAUACCCUAGUGUAUCCGUUUUAUUUUAAUUAUUUUCUAUUCUAUUAUAAUUCCCCGUCAAGGGGAUCAGAA